AUGGCCACAUGUGCAGUAGGUAUACCUAACAAAGGUUUGAGAUCUAGACCUGAGCAGCCACAUUAUGUGAUCCCUGCCAAGCGUAGUAUUGAUAAACUACUUGAGGAACAGCAUGCAUUAACUGUACAGAUCACCAACAUACAGAAGGAUGAUGAUCCAUGCAAGCCACGUACAGUGACAUUGCAGCCACCAGCUCAUCGCCACCAGAAACAGAGGCAUGUCAGCUUCAAGGAGCCCCUUGAGACUGUUUCCAUCAUUGCUGAGUCAGAUGAGCUAGAUGUGACUACUACUAAACGAGAGAAGUUUCGCCAUCUUUCUGGGGACUCUGGUAUUGGAUCAAUCACCCUCGAUACGUGUGUUGAAGACAGCAUCGCCUCAAGACUUACCAGUGAUGUUGCCCAUUAUCCUGACAACCAAAGGAAUCUGCUUACCAAGGCUUACACAGAUAUGUCCUCCUUGACUGAAAAAGAAAAGAAGAGAGUACUGAAGAUACUGCUUGUCCAGGUUUGGAAGAAUGAAGGAUUCGAGGAGAAAGCUGCUUACACCUGCUCAUGUCUCAUACAGAGAGAGGUGGAUGCUGAACAGGACAUCUCAUUCUGUAGGGUGGUGGAGACUAGUUGUUCUGGACUCAUCCAAGACUCAGCUACACUGAAAGACCAGUUUCAUCAAUGGGAGAAGUUCAUCACCUUUCUGCACCAUCUGUCCAGUAACAUGAAAUCAACAGAACUCCACAACCGUCUCCAGUGUCUUGUGUCCCAUGCUCUCAAUGUUACCCUGGCCCUCCUUAAGGUGUGA